AGGGUGGGCUGCCUGCCCUGGCUGAGCUGGAUUAAAUCGGUGCUCUAGCGGGUGGGGUAGACCCUGGGCUAGCAGGCCUCAGGGAGAACUCCAAUGGCGUCUGUCUCAGCACGCCCACACCAGGCCACAACAAUGGCCGCCGCCAAUGUCCCAGUCCCUGGAGAGGUCUCACCCCUCACCGAGAUGCACUCAGGGCCUAUCAGGUCCGAGCAUCCCCCGACUACCAUGUCUGCAGCCUGGAUCCCUGUUCUCUGCCUCGGUGUCUGUCUGCUGCUGCCGGAGCCCGCGGGCAGCGAGGGAGCCGUUCCCAUCACCAUCACGUGCUUUACCAGAGGCCUGGACAUCAGGAGAGAGAAAGCAGACGUCCUCUGCCCAGGGGACUGCCCUCUUCAGGAAUUCUCCGUGUUUGGGAACAUCGUGUAUGCUUCUGUAUCGAGCAUAUGUGGCGCCGCCAUCCACAGGGGAGUAAUCAGCAACUCAGGGGGACCUGUGCGAAUCUAUAGCCUCCCAGGUCGAGAAAACUAUUCCUCAGUAGUUGCAAAUGGCAUCCAGUCUCAGACGCUUUCCAGAUGGUCUGCUUCUUUCACAGUGACAAAAGGCAAAAGUGGUACCCAGGAAGCCACAGGACAAGCAGUGUCCACAGCACAUCCACCAACAGGUAAACGACUAAAGAAAACACCCAAUAAGAAAGCUGGCAAUAAAGACUGCAAAGCAGACAUUGCAUUUCUGAUCGAUGGCAGUUUUAAUAUUGGGCAGCGCCGAUUUAAUCUACAGAAGAAUUUCGUUGGGAAGGUGGCUCUAAUGUUGGGAAUUGGAACAGAAGGACCACACGUGGGCCUAGUUCAAGCCAGUGAACAUCCCAAAAUAGAAUUUUACUUGAAAAACUUUACAUCAGCCAAAGAUGUUUUGUUUGCCAUAAAGGAAGUAGGUUUCAGAGGGGGUAACUCCAAUACAGGAAAAGCCUUGAAGCACACUGCCCAGAAAUUCUUCACAGCAGAGACUGGAGUGAGAAGAGGGAUCCCCAAAGUGGUGGUGGUAUUUAUUGAUGGCUGGCCUUCUGAUGAUAUUGAGGAAGCAGGCAUUGUGGCCAGAGAGUUUGGUGUCAAUGUAUUCAUAGUUUCUGUGGCUAAGCCUAUCCCUGAAGAACUGGGGAUGGUUCAGGAUGUUGCAUUUGUUGACAAGGCUGUCUGUCGGAAUAAUGGCUUCUUCUCUUACCACAUGCCCAACUGGUUUGGCACCACAAAAUAUGUAAAGCCUCUGGUCCAGAAGCUCUGCGCUCACGAGCAAAUGAUGUGCAGCAAGACCUGUUAUAACUCAGUGAACAUUGCCUUUCUAAUUGAUGGCUCCAGCAGUGUUGGGGACAGUAAUUUCCGCCUCAUGCUUGAAUUUGUUUCCAACAUAGCCAAGACUUUUGAAAUCUCAGACAUUGGUGCCAAGAUAGCUGCUGUACAGUUCACCUAUGAUCAGCGCACAGAAUUCAGUUUCACUGACUAUAGCACCAAAGAAAAUGUCCUAGCCGUUAUCAGAAACAUCCGCUAUAUGAGUGGUGGAACAGCUACUGGUGAUGCCAUUUCCUUUACUGUUAGAAAUGUGUUUGGUCCCAUGAGGGACAGCCCCAACAAGAACUUCCUGGUAAUUGUCACAGAUGGGCAGUCCUAUGAUGAUGUUCGAGGCCCUGCUGCUGCUGCGCAUGAUGCAGGUAUCACCAUCUUCUCUGUUGGUGUGGCUUGGGCACCUCUGGAUGACCUGAAAGAUAUGGCCUCUAAACCAAAGGAGUCGCAUGCUUUCUUCACAAGAGAGUUCACAGGAUUAGAACCAAUUGUUUCCGACGUCAUCAGAGGAAUUUGUAGAGAUUUCUUAGAAUCCCAGCAAUAAUGGUCAGUCAUGUUUUGACAACUGAAAGACAAAGUGCAAUGGGAUAUAAUGUAUAAGUUAUAUUCUCAUAAUACUGAAAUACUAUAUAACAUACUAGGAUCAGAUACACAACUGUUAUAUUCAAGAUGGCAACUGUUUUAAGCAAAUAAGCAUUCAUUUAAAGCUACUACCUUCUAAUUACGACUUAGACUUAAUUGUUCCAAACACUCUGCUGAGGCUUCAUAAUCAUGACCCUUAGAUACUCAGGAAAGAGGAAAUAUCAUGGAUUAAAAUCUUACAAGUUCUGUUCUAACAUGAGUAUUAAAUGUAUAGACAUGCAAAUUCCAUAGCUCAAUAAAAGAAUCUGAUACUUAGACCAAAAAGCAACAUUCCUUCUCUAAUCAUUCUGUAUUAAAUAUAUAAGGAAAACAAAAGAGAAACUUAAAUAGAAAACAGCUCUUUGUUCAAAUAUAAUUUUUGUGUGUGAGGAAGAUUGGCCCUGGGCUAACAUCCGUGCCCAUCUUCCUCCACUUUAUAUGGGACGCCGCCACAGCAUGGCCUGACAAGCAGUGCGUUGGUCCACGCCAACGCAGGAUUAAGAUCCUGAUCUUAAUCCAUGAACCUCGGCCACCAAAGCAGGAGCGUGUGCACUUAACUGCUAUGCCACCGGGCCAGCCCCAAAAUAUAAAUAUUUUGACCCAAGUAGAUGUCUUAAAACCAACAAUAGUUAUUAAUAAUUAUAGAAGAAAUGGAAUGGAAUUAGGUAUCAAGCUUCUUUUGUAGUAUAUUUUCGUAAUAACUUAUAAGUGAAAUAUCACACUGAAUAAGACAGCAGGAUUGCUUGGUAUUUUUCUAUAUCAAUUUUGUGUGUGUUGGGCCGGCCCCAUGGCUUAGCGGUUAAGUGCGUGCGCUCCGCUGCUGGGGGCCCGGGUUUGGAUCCCGGGCGCGCACCGAUGCACCGCUUCUCCGGCCAUGCUGAGGCUGCGUCCCACAUACAGCAACUAGAAGGAUGUGCAGCUAUGACAUACAACUAUCUACUGGGGCUUUGCGGGAAAAAAAAUAAAAUAAUUUUAUAUGUGUAUAGAUACAUUUGGCUUGUACUCUAAAGCAGUCAUCCAUGUACUGAAAAAAGUGUUGUUGGUAAAUUUUUACUUACCACUUAUAAACAUUUAGCUUUAAAGAAAAGACAUUGCAAAUAGCAGAACUUCAGAAAAAAAUAUUGUAGUUUGACUCUUUAAGCAAUAAAACUGCUAGUGACUAUUAUUCUAAGCUGCCUUACUUUUAUUAUUCCAAGUGUCUCGCCCUAGGACAUGGCAGAAAUUCUACAUUCACUAAUUCAUGUGAAAAGACCAAUCUGAAUUUUUCUUAAAAUCAUGCAAUAAGACCAAUCUGAAUUUUUUUCUUAAAAUCAUGCAAU